AUGAAGAAGGCCUCGUCCUCCGUUCAGAUACAGCCCUCUACUUAUGGAAAUCUGAUCACAAUUCUGAGCAUUGAUGGGGGUGGUAUUAGAGGAAUUAUUCCUGCCACUAUCCUUGAAUAUCUUGAAUAUCAACUUCAGGUGCUUGAUGGCGAGGAUGCUAGACUUGCAGAUUACUUUGAUGUUAUUGCUGGAACAAGCACGGGAGGUCUAGUAACUGCCAUGUUAACCGCUCCUAACAAAAAUAACCGUCCGUUGUUUGCAGCUAAAGAUAUCAAACCCUUUUAUCUCGAGCACUCCUCUAGAAUUUUUCCUCAAACGAAUGGCUUACUGGGAUUGGUCGGAAAACUAUCGAAAUUUAUAGUCGGACCAAAGUACGAUGGAGAGUACCUUCACGAAGUUAUUAGGGAAAAACUAGGCGAGACUCGACUGGAUGAGACAUUAACUAAUGUUGUCAUUCCAACAUUUAACAUCGAAAAUUUGCAACCAAUUGUUUUCUCCACAUAUCAGGCCAUGAGGACGCCAUCGUUGGAUGCUCGACUCUCAGAUAUAUGCAUUGGCACAUCUGCAGCUCCAACUUAUCUUCCUGCAUAUUUUUUCAAGAACCAAUAUAAACAAGGCAAUGAACAAGAGUUCAACCUCGUAGACGGUGGUGUUGCUGCCAAUAAUCCGGCAUUAGUUGCCAUCAACCAAAUUACGAAACAGAUUUUGGAUGGAAACCCAGAUUUCUUCCCAAUUAAGCCUAUGGAUUAUGGACGCUUUUUAGUCAUCUCAGUGGGCACAGGCUCGUCAAAGGCACAGAAGAAAUAUAGUGCUCAAAAGGCAGCCAAAUGGGGAGUUUUCGGAUGGUUGUUGAAUGGAGGUUCCACUCCAAUAGUAGAUGUUUUCACUCAAGCCAGUGCUGAUAUGGUGGAUAUGCAUAUUUCCGUUGUUUUCCAAGCAUUUCAUUCUCAAGAAAACUACCUUAGAAUUCAAGAGGACACUUUAAAUGGGAUUGCCGCCUCAGUUGAUGUUGCAACAAAGGAAAACCUGAACCGGCUGGUUGAAAUUGGCCAAAGUUUAUUGAAGAAACCAGUUUCAAGGGUAAACUUAGAUUCGGGUCUAUGUGAGCCAAUUGAAAACGGUGGAACAAAUGAGGAUGCCUUGAAAAAGUUUGCAAAAUUGCUUUCAGAAGAAAAAAGGUUUAGGGAAUCAAAGUGA